GAGGAGGAGCUGGUGCUCACGUGUCUGGAGGGGGAGUAAAGUGCAGCAGGAAGUAAAGCCUCCCCUUCCCCAAUCCACCCCUCCAGCUAAAGCAACAACACACGGUCACACAGGGGGAGAGAGAGUGAGAGAGAGGGGGAGAGGAAGAGGAAGACAGACAGACAGACAGACAGAAGAGUUAUGGAGAGGAACAGUAACAGGACCGUAGUGGUCACAGGGUUCGGCCCCUUUGGAGAACAUACCAUUAAUGCGAGCUGGGUGGCUGUGCAGGAGCUGGAGAAGCUUGGUUUGGGUGAGGAUGUGGACUUGUACGUGUACGAGAUCCCAGUGGACUACCAGAAGGUCCUGGAUUUGAUCCCCUCGCUGUGGAAGCGUCAUAACCCCCAGCUGUUCAUCCACGUGGGAGUUUCAGGAAUGUCCACCACUGUAACAUUGGAGAAAUGCGGCCACAACCACGGCUAUAAGGGUCUAGAUAACGAAUGUUAUUGUCCAGACACCCACUGCUGUAUACAGGGAGGCCCCGACUGUCUGGAGUCCGUAGUAGACAUGGACACUGUCUGCAACAGGAUCGCAGCACCACAGCUAGAUGUCGUCUUUUCCGUCUCCAAGGACGCGGGAAGAUACCUGUGUGACUUUACGUACUACGCCUCCCUACAUUUGAGCCACGGAAAAUCGGCGUUCGUUCACGUACCUCCUCUGGGAAAGCCGUACUCUGCCGAACAGCUCGGAGGAGCGCUCCAGACCAUUGUUCGGGAGAUGCUGAAUGUUCUGGAACAUUCCGCGGCAAAGAUAAACUGCAAGAUGCAUCACUGAGUUUGGAAAAUGGAAGGAAAAAUAACCUGACACGCACCCUUUUUUUUUUUCCUUUCUCCCCUUCCUCCUCCUUUUCUCCACCCCCCCCCCUUCAAAAAAAAAUUAACUCAAGGUACAACUUUAGCUACAGCUGCGGUUGUAUGUGAUAUCAUGUUUUUGUGGGUGAUGAGCAGCGUGGAAGCGUUGCGAUUGCAUCUGAUACGCUGUCUUCAUUUCUUUUAAAACAUCUAACACUUGUCACAACCCUCACCCCGUUAUCUACUUAAAAUCUUGUUCGCAGAAGAGCUAUUUGAAGUGAGCUUUGCAUUGCUUGCACUUCCUUCACCUCUGAGGUAGAAAACAGUCAAGCCGGUUGGAAUGAAAAUCUACGUGCUCUACACUGCCUUGUGCAGAUUUUCUUAACUUCAGAGAUGACCCUAUUUUCUAUUAAAAAUCUAACAC